AUGGCGCACGCCGCCCCUGUUGACAUUGCCACAGGCAAUGGCGUGGCUUUGGGAUCCCCGUCUCCCAAGAAGGUGGCCUACUUCUACGACUCCGACAUUGGGAACUUCGCCUACGUCGCCGGUCACCCCAUGAAGCCUCAUCGGAUACGACUUGCCCACAGCCUGAUUAUGAAUUAUGGUGUCUACAAGAAGAUGGAGAUCUACCGAGCGAAGCCUGCCACCCGACUCGAGAUGACACAAUUUCAUACCGACGAGUACAUCGAUUUCCUGCAAAAAGUCAGCCCCGAGAACAUGGACAACUUUCAGCGCGAGCAGACCAAGUUUAACGUGGGCGACGAUUGUCCAGUAUUUGAUGGCCUCUUCGAGUUUUGCGGCAUCAGCGCCGGUGGAAGCAUGGAAGGUGCCGCGCGUUUGAACCGUCAAAAGUGCGACAUUGCUGUCAAUUGGGCUGGAGGACUUCAUCAUGCCAAGAAGAGCGAGGCUAGCGGCUUCUGCUACGUCAACGACAUUGUCCUCGGCAUCCUUGAACUUUUGCGCUUCAAUAAGCGAGUUCUCUACAUCGACAUCGACGUCCAUCAUGGAGACGGUGUAGAGGAAGCAUUCUACACCACCGACAGAGUUAUGACUGUGUCAUUUCACAAGUACGGCGAGUACUUCCCAGGCACGGGCGAGCUUAGGGAUAUCGGUAUCGGCCAGGGAAAAUAUUACGCUGUUAAUUUCCCGCUUCGAGAUGGUAUUGACGAUGCUUCGUACAAGUCUGUAUUCGAACCCGUCAUUUCGAGUGUUAUGGAGUUCUACAGCCCCGAUGCGGUUGUUCUACAAUGUGGUGGCGACAGUCUGUCAGGUGAUCGGCUUGGUUGCUUCAAUCUGAGCAUGGCGGGCCACUCUAACUGUGUCAAGUUUGUAAAGAGUUUUAAUCUUCCAACUUUGGUUCUCGGGGGUGGUGGCUAUACGAUGCGCAAUGUUGCUCGAACGUGGGCAUUCGAAACGGGCCUCCUUGUUAAUGCUGAGAUGCCUCGUACUUUGCCAUUUAACGAAUAUUACGAGUACUAUGGACCAGACUACGCCCUGGAUGUUCGGGCGUCCAACAUGGAGAAUGCAAACAGCCCCGAAUAUCUGGAAAAGAUCAAGAACCAGCUGAUUGAGAACCUUCGUCGGACGGCCCAUGUUCCCUCAGUUCAGUCGACAGACAUCCCGCCACAUUUACCGGGUGUUGUAUCGGACGAGGAGGAUGCCGCACUGAACGACAUGGAUGAGGAUGAGCACCAAGACGUGCGCAUGACGCAGCGACAGUGGGAACAACGCAUCGAGAGAGAUAACGAAUACGAAGACAGCGACAACGAAGAUAUGGACAAACAGAACGGUAUCCACCGCAAUGACAAUCCCAAGCGCUACCACGAGUACUCCAAGUCGGACGCAGAGGUCGAGGAUGAUAGUGGCGCCCCAACCCCAGCGAACGGCAGCGGUGAUAUCAUCAAGUCUAAGGAGACGGACGAAGUCAUGAUGCCAGACGCCGAGCCCGAGGCUGAACUCGAGGCCGAGAAGGGAACGGAGGAUCCUGAAGCGACUGGGAUUGCCGAGCAAGAGGAAGAAUUAAAGGACGCGAAGGAAGCUCAAGCAGACGACAGUGUAGUUGACAAAGAUGGCGAUGUUAAUAUGGGCGACGCUACAGUUGGACCAACAGAAGACAAAGAAGCCCAGGUCAAGAAGGAGGAAAACUCUCCGAAGAAUGACGCCUCGGAGCGACCGACAUCGCCUGAAGCCAAAGCGCCCAGCGAGACCAACGAUGCUACAUCUAUCGAGCAAGCCCCUGUCACAACUGCGGAAAAGGAGCCGUCAGAAACAGGUGAUGUGCCCGUUGAAGAGGCGACUGUGCCCACUGCGGCCAAAGAGAAGCAGCCGGAGAUGAGUGGCGACGCCAUGGAUGUGGACGAGUCGAGAGAACCCGAAGUCACCAAGGAAAAGAGCGCCGAGCCGGCUACGACCAGCACAAGUGACAAGGGACCCAAGGAGAACGGAGAGGGCAACGCGGCGAGCAAUUAA